UCGGACCCGUGCCACCCUCGGUCGUCGCUUGGUGUGUCUGUCGGUAUAGUGGCGGUGCGCGUCGCCGAGUCGUGGUCGGGGCCUCGCGGCUGGCGUGCCCUGGGUCGCGGUGCGUGCAGCGGCGCCCCGGGUCGGGCGCGUGAGACGCGCGGCGGUGGAGGCUCGAUGGCGCCCAUGCCGCCGCUGAGCGGCCUCUCUGCCGCCGACAACGCCGGCAGCCACCGUCGCUCGCCGCCGGCGUCGUCGGCCGGCCCGAGGGCCUCGCCGACCCCGUCGUCGGGCUCGUCUCUCGUGCUCCGGGGAGUGCUCACCGCCUCAUCGGCCGGGCGCUACUUCGUCUGGAACCCCAGCAAUGCGUCGGACGAGACAGAUGGUUCCGGGGAACAGGGCGAGGAGGAAGAAAUUCACCGCAAGACUCAGCGAAGCAUCAGCGAGUGCUACUUUGCGGUCAAGGGAACGGCACUGGUGCUUCCUCAUGACGAGUCCAUGCACGUCUACCGAUGCUCCAACAACAACGUCGUGGCCGGCGACAUCAGGGCGCACCUGCAGUCUAUGCUGUAUAUGCUGCGGCGCGAAGACACGCUCAAAAUGGCGGUGAAGCUGGAGAGCGCCCACCCAGCGGGUCGUACCCGCUACCUGGUGGUGGUUUCCCGGACGGGCUCCCUGGGUGCCGAGGAGGCCUGCCUUCUGGGGAUCGACUGCAACUCGCGAACCACCAUCGGGCUCGUCAUACCCGUCUGGGCAGACGCCCGCAUCACGCUAGACGGAGACGGAGGUUUCAGCGUAACAUCCAGCAGCGGGCAUUACAUUUUCAAGCCGGUUUCUGUGCAGGCCAUGUGGUCUGCGCUGCAGUCCCUGCACAAGGCGUGUGCCAAAGCGCGGGAGUUCAACUACUUCGAAGGGGGCGGAACCCACCAGUGGGUGCAGUACUAUGCCGAGAGGAUACAGUCGGACCAGUCUUGCCUCAACGAGUGGCAUGCGAUGGACGACUUGGUGUCCAAGAGGCCCCCGACGCCCGAUUUUGAUCGCUCACGGCCGUCACAGAAGGAAGAGACAGAAGUGCUCAUCAGGAGCAAGUUGAAGGAGCUCAUGAUGUCAGUGGACCUGGACGAGGUGACCAGUAAAUUUAUGCGGUCCCGGCUAGAGGAGGAGCUUGACAUGAGCCUGCAGCAAUUCAAGCCCUUCAUUGAUCAGGAGAUGCUCACCAUUCUGGGCCAGAUGGAUGCGGCAACGGAAAUCCUCGAAUACCUCUACCUUGGCUCCGAGUGGAACGCCUCAAACCUGGAGGAGCUCAAAGACAAAGGGGUUGGCCACAUCCUCAACGUCACACGGGAAAUUGACAACUUCUAUCCAGGCCUGUUCGAUUACUUCAACAUCCGUGUCUAUGAUGACGAGACAACAGAAAUGCUCAAACACUGGGAUAAGACCUACAAGUAUAUUGCACAAGCCAAAGAGCAGGGCUCCAAAGUGUUGGUGCACUGUAAGAUGGGCAUCAGCCGGUCGGCAUCGGUGGUCAUUGCAUAUGUGAUGAAGGCCUACGGCUGGGAUCUCCGUCAGGCCCUCGACUUUGUGAAGACGCGCCGCAGCUGCAUCAAGCCAAAUUCGGGGUUCCUCAAGCAACUUGAGACAUAUCAGGGCAUACUACAUGCGAGCAAACAGCGACACAACAGUAUCUGGCGCUCCAAGUCUGAAACAAACCUUAAAGACGAACAGCCUGAUCGUGGGGUUGGCAGGCGAGAGUGCCGUACAACAGCCUCACAGGCACUUGCCUUGGGAAGCAGCAGUGGGGGUCGGAACGGCACGACUGACGCCAACGGGGCCGUAAAAGUCGGGGGCAGGGGUGGUGGUGGCUCCAACAGUCUACUGGUGCCUGGUAGCGUGAGCCGGCCAAAGUCAUGGUCCCCAGAUGAUCUCGCAUCCGAUGCGUUCUUUGCUGCUAACAACAGCAACAACAACUCGGACACCAUAUCCAAUACCUGCCAUGGGGCCAUUGCUACCGGAAGGAUAAAACCUCGGAGACGGAUAGGCCGUCCCCGAUAUGGGACUGAUCCGUUGUGCUACACCAUACCGCACACCAGUACAACAUCAACACUUGAGCAAGUCCAGGCCACAGAACAGGAGAAGAAUGCAAAAAACGCUGCUGCCAAUGGCAUGAAGGCAAGCCUUCUUGCUGCGACUCCGGUAACGCCCUCCAAGUGCUCACCUGCUGUUGUUGCCAUUACUGACGAUGAGCAGGACCCUGGCCUGCGUCGUGUCGCUUCAGUCAAGGACCGCAUCUGCGAGCUGGAAUCGCAAGUUGGCACCCCAAAAUCAGUGGCGACUGUAGCAAAGCAGGUGACAAAGACAGAAAUUCUUCGUAGUGGCACUGUUGACACACCAGCAGUGGCAUGGUCAAGCAAACCGCAAUCUGCAUUCUUUGGUGGACCUGUGAAAACUGGCACCAACGACGAGAGCUCAGUAAGCUUGUACAGCUGCCUACCGAGUUGUGGCGGAGGUGAGUCAUCGUCACUGGAGCUGCUGCGCGAUGUGCAGCCCGUGGCGUCCCAAACCAAGCCGCUAACCCCAAAGCACAUGGCUGUGAUAGUAAAGUCGUUGCCUGCACCUUCGACCUGGACACUGGGAGGAGGAGCUGGUGACUCUGAUAAGGAACCAGAACCGGUAGUGAUGACAACGCCGCCUGCUAUGGCGAAGGAGGCCACCUUUUCUUCUGUGUUGAGAAGAAGUGUGGAAGACAGACUGCCCAGCUCUCAAGGUCUUGGGGGCAUCACACUGCAAAGGUCAGCGACUGAUAUAGGCCUGCUGGCACCCUCUAGUCAAACAGUCUGCCGGCCGGCGGGCCGCCCUCACCCUUUGCUGCAUUGCGACUCCGACGAUUCGGUUGUGGGCUCUGCAAGGCCAUUGGCCGAAAUUUGUAAGCUGCAAGUGGGUUUUGGUGAGGACAGGAGCCAAGGCACCACAUUGGAAGCGCACAAGGAGGCCACAGGGGAAAUGGUGCCACAGUUGCCUCUGGUCGCAGAGCUUCAGGUAGAUGGCAAGAAGACCCUUGAAGAACGAAUGGGAGCUCCAGCAGAUCGUACUGGAGUGCUGCCAACUCGCUGCAAGCUCCGCAAGACAAAACCUUUCUUAGAAGAAAAGAGCUUCGCCCGUGCCCUCUGCCUUGAAGGUGGUGCCUUUCCAUCACAGACACGAUCCACACCUUCCACUCCUCCGGAACAGCUCCCUGAUGCUUCUUCACCUAGCAGGCAGAUUCUGCGCUCCCAGAGCCUGCGAUGCGAGCACCGGCCGAAGUCCCUUGCACUCCCUGCAGCAUCGGCGUGCAUAAGUGGGCGAAGUCCCCCCAAAAUUCUCGCAUUGCAAUCCACUGAAGCUCAGCCUUUAACAGCCUUUUCAGCCAGUCCAGAAAUUAAACACAGCAUGAGCACGCCAUCAGUGAUGGAAGCCGUUAACGAAGUUCUAUGUGAGACACGCCAAGUCAUCUCCAAUGCCAUGCACCUUAUCCCAUGUGCUAAGACGCCGCCAGAGACCUACUCACCACUGCUCUGUUCUGGUCAGGGUCUAGAACAUAUCGAAUCAGACACCAACCCUGCAUUAGAAUCGAGUGAAGUUCCCCAGGUUGGCAUUGUGCGGCAGCAAAGGGCAGUGUUAGAAGGGCUGCAACCACCUCGAUGCAGUGCAGCGGCAUUGCCUUCAUCCAUCAGCACCGACCGGAAACCUCCAACGGGAGACAGCAUGGGACGCUCUAAAAAGGAGCAGGCACGCAUCAUCAAGGAACUCGGAAGUACCAUGCUUCCCAGCGUCCCUGGUGACUGUCCAACUUUCUGCGGCAGUAACACCACCACCGAUCAGCAGCAGCAGCCGGCCGACGAUGAAUCUGCAGGCGGCGUAGUCAAGCGGCUAACCAAAGAGCUGGAGGCCAAGGCACGAAAUGGUAAGACCAAACCUGCUGGUAUCGCCGAGAGGCUCGUCAUCGUCGAAAGGAGCAGCGUGGACAGCAACGAGCCAACAACGGGUGGCGGCAGCUCGAGCACGCCGAACUCUCCAGUUUGCGAGCGCCACGGUUGUGCUCAGCCCAUCCGCGGUCUUCGUGCCUUCUCCGAAGGCCGGCCUGUCGGUCUAAACGCACAACCUGCAGUUCCGGCCCCGCCCACGCCGAGUAGGUGCACCAGUCUUGAUGCCGAUAGGCUUCGGAAGCUGUCAGCCACUCGCAGCCUAACGGCGCUGCUGGCAAGGGCGCCGCGGGCCGGCGAGCCCCCGCCAUCGGCGAUGGUAACGGCCACACCCACUGUGGCACUCAUUGCCACCAUGCCAGCGCCAGCACCUGUCAGCAACACUACUGCAGCUUUGCCUGGUGGCCUCCAGAGAAAAGUGCGCAAGCAGCAGGGCAAAACUCACCCACUGAGCAAACUGACCGUGCGGCAGAGGCAUGCCAACCCACUGUACAACACAAUGUGAUGAUCCUUGCCCCCAUCCCCACCCUUUUACAUUGUGGUGUAUCUGUGAGUGUGUGCAUGCAUGCAUGCCUCACUUUUUCCUGUUUUUCCAACUCUCCCCUACCCCAAAUUUCCCCGUUUCAUUCUUUGUUUCCCCAAAAUACUUGCGUUGGUAGGUGUGGUGGACAUUGUAAAAUUCUCUGUAUGUAGACUUGUUUAUCCGCUUUUUUUGUUAGCUCCUGUGGAUGUAUGUGUGUGUGCAUGUGUGUGUGUGUAAUCUUGCCUCCAACCACCGCCGCUGUACAGGAAGAGAAAUGAGUGUACGUUAUUUUUGUUUGUGCGUGUCGGAGAAGGUGUUGCCUCGGUUUGACAACUUUUUUUUUCUUCUUCCGUGUGAACCGAGCCCUUCGUGGCAAUCAGUCAAGGCCAGUAGUGCCCUGCCACACCUCUUCUAAAGCUUCCCCUUUUUCCUCCUAUCUAACUCUUUCUAAGCAGUCUCUCUUCUCAACAGCCUCUUCUAUUCUUGAGCCUGCUUACCCGUGGAUGCCCAGAGCACAUCCGCAUGUAAGGAAUAGCAAUUUCACUCAACAAAGAUGCGCUGCAUGAAGCAGUCUUGACGAGGGCCACUCCCUUUUCUCCUGGGAAGUCUGAAAAAAAAAUUUAGGUGCACAAUUCUGGAACAAAAGCUGCUGCUUGCUGAUUUCGGAGACACGCUUGCCUUACUCAUGAGCGUACUGUGAAGUCUGGAGUGCAGCAGCUUAUCUGCAUGCUCAUUUUCUGCAUAUUGCAGGAGCAAUGCUUGUGCAUAAUAUGACAAAUGUUUUUGACUGCCGUUGAACAAAUUGUUCCGAAGGUUUGUCUCUCAGGCACUUCGGGAAGUCUGGUUGCCAAGUUGGUCUGACUGGAGUUCAAUGGUCUUGUCCAGGAAAACCUAUUAGUACUCUGUGCUUUUAAUACCACUUGCUAGGCACAAACACCGAAAUUAUGCUGCUGAGACCUUUCAAGCAGCUGUUGUUUCUUUUUGUUGUUGCUGUUUACCAUUUACUGUCCGUAAUAAUGUCAUAAUGAAUUAACUAAAAAAUUCAUAACCUUGCCUGAGGCAAGGUUAUGAAGUACGUAGUUCAAUGAAAUCUACUCUGCACACCACAGUUCUUAUGCAUCUCGAGCUGUUGCUCGCACAUUCUAAAACCAAGAGGUAGGGCUUCAUCAGAACUGUACAUAAAUUGACCACUUGUUUUAGACAUAUGAGUAGCUUGAGCAUAAUAUUCACGCAACUUUGAUGUGGCUGUUCAGGGGUCCCUUUUGCCUCACUCAUAAAAGGGGCUUGCUGGUGAGAACAAUUGCGCAGACACGUCUUUAUUCUUACGUAUUUCCUUUAGGGGGUGGGAGGAAGGAGUGGGAUAGGGUCAGUUUGUCUUGUGUUAAUCUGCAGAGAAGUAUUCUGGCAAAAAAGUGAUAAUAAGCGUAGCGAUAGGAAGUGAUGAGCAGUAUACUUGGUGGGGCACUGUUCAUCUGGCUUUCAGAGUUGUGGCAUUGCUGUACACUCCUCAUUACUUUCCGUGUGCUGUUUUCAACAAAACCAAGAAGCCACAUAGUCGCUUAUUGAGCUCUUGGACAUUGCAAAAUUUGCGCCUAUUAUGCUUGCUCUUAUACAUCAAAACUCUCAUUUACAAUGCUGACACUAGUAUUACAUAGCAAUGCGGCUAAUCGUGGCACUUCACUUUUUUCUGCUGGAGUAGUGUUGUAUCACAAAUUUUAAUUUUUGUGCAAUGAUGUGUUGUCUCCUAGCCACAGCCGAAAUAGACAUAAUACUUGAAAACCUCCAGCUAAUUCACUGCGGACUUUGUUAUUUACCAACUCUGAAUUUAGCCCUGAACCUUAUUUAUCGACUUGCUUGUACCGGAACACUUUUCUGGUAGGAAACGUGAACCUGCUUCUGUUGCAGUCUGCAAUCUUCACGGGAGAUUCGGCUGAGAGUUUCUGUUAGAUUAUGCACAUUUUCUUUUGCUAACGCAUCAACCUGCCCUAAUCAAGCUACAUGAAAGUGCUCUCGUGAACAGCUAAAGUGUACUUGAAGUUAGUGAGCAUAUCUCUCCAACAAGCGCAAAGCACGGGUGGCUACCGUCGCACGCUCACCAGAGGCCACGCCCGGGGCCAUGUCAGAAGUCGAGGAAUGGUGCGAAAACAGAAGCAUACUUGAUCGAUUGCUUCAGCAAAUUGCUAUGUAGCUUUGAGUGAAGCGUAGCUGUGAGCUGCAUUUUAUUUGCAAGGCUGCCGUUAUUACACUGCCCGUAGAAGCGAAGUCGCUUUGUGCUACUUGCAUAGUCUUCAUUCUCUUCCAUGCAGGCUAUCGCUCUUUUGUGGUUUGCUCUAGUGAGAGAAACGCAGACACACGUGCUUGGUGCAACUUGCAACUAGUGCUCUGAGUUUCCAUGCCCACCUUUUCUAGUUUCUAGGCAGAUAGUAGAGACAAAAAUGUGCCAUACCAUAUUUACAGCCGUUGUAGCUUCGCCGCUCUUGUGCUUGCCGUCAACAGAAAGUUGUGUCUGCCUUGUUCCCUUUUCUUUUCACUUGUCUGUUGUUUUCAUUUUUUUCCCAUCCGUGUUCCGUGUUCUUCGCUGCAUGGCGUGAAAGCUAGAGAAAAAAAAAAGAAAGUUGUGUCUCGUGCGUCUGACAGAAUUUGAGAGAGAGAGAGGAGUGCUUGGAGGAAUGAGGUUGGUGAUGUGUACGACGUACGUGCGCUAGGCCGAAAGAAAUUAUUUAAGAAAAUCAGAAGACUGUUCUUCUGGAAUAAAAAAUGAUUUUAGCCACA